CUCUGCCUCUACGGCAACGACAUCGAUGAGACCACCACGCCUGCCGAGGCCGGGCUGCUGUGGACCUUGGGGAAGCGUCGGCGCACAGCCAUGGACUUCCCUGGCGCGGCCAUCAUCAUGGCACAAGUGAAAGAGAAGCCAAAGCGCAAGCGCGUGGGGCUGACGUCAGUGGGACCCCCUAUCCGGCCCCACACAGCCAUCCUGGGCCCCGAGGGCACGCCUGUGGGCACAGUGACCAGCGGCUGCCCCUCGCCCUCCCUGGGCAAGAACAUUGCCAUGGGCUACGUGGAGGCGGUGCACAGCCGGGCCGGCACCGCACUCACCGUCGAGGUGCGGAAGAAGCAGCACCCGGCCCUUGUCACCAAGAUGCCCUUCGUGCCCACCCAGUACUACAUGGCCAAGUUGCCCCUCAUCAUCAUGGGUAGGGCCCACGGGGUGUCCCAUGUCACAGGUAUGGGCAGCAGAGGGCCCCCCACCAGUGAAGACAGGGCCCUGUGGAGCACCCUGCUGUGGCUGGCAGCACCCCAAACCCAUGGGAUGCCCCACCGUGUGCCUACCCCGCAGUUCCUCCUGGGAGAGAGUGACAUAGGCCAGAACCGUGCCAAGGCAUCCCAGCGGGUCCUGGCCGAGCUGAACCCCCAUGUCACAGUGGUGGCCCAUGACAAGGAGCUGUCGGAGGCCUUCCUCGCCUCCUUCCAGGUGGUGGUGCUGACUGAGUCACCACUGGAGGAGCAGCUACGCAUUGGGGACUUCUGCCAUGCCCGGGGCAUCUGCUUCAUCGUGGCUGACACCAAGGGGCUGGCAGGGCAGCUGUUCUGUGACUUUGGGAAGCGUUUCGUCGUUGAUGACCCAGCAGAAGGGGACCCAGUGUGUGCUGCCGUGCAGCACAUCUCCCAGGGCAACCCAGGCGUGGUGACAUGCAUGGGGGCAGAGGACAGCCGCGGCCACCUCUUCUGUGACGGUGACCUAGUGACGUUUUCUGGUGUGGAGGGGAUGACGGAGCUGAACGGCCAGGAGCCCGUCCCUGUGCGCGUGCUGGAUGCCUUCAGGCUGGAGAUCGGCGACACCAGCUCCUUCUCGCCCUACCACCGUGGGGGCCUGGUCUUGCAGGUUCGGCUGCCCCAGGUGCACUCAUAUCAGAAGCCCCUGUGCCAGGCAUUGGCAGACCCCCAGAUCCAGGUGGCGAGUCCCGAGGAGCUGCUGCGCAGCCGCAGCCUGCACGCUGCCUUCCAGGCCCUGCACGCUUUCCGUGGGGAGCAGGGCCAUCUGCCCCGGCCCAGGGCACCAGCAGACACCGAGCGGGUGCUGGAGCUGGCGCGGAGCCUGGGGGUGCAGGAGGGUUCCCUGGACGAGGACGUUGUGCGAGCCUUUGCCAGCGUGAGCGCAGGGGACCUGUGCCCCAUAGCUGCCAUUGUCGGGGCCCUGGCAGCCCAGGAGGUGCUGAAGGCUACCACCGGCAAGUUCCUGCCCCUGGACCAGUGGCUGUACUUCGACGCUCUGGAGUGCCUGGAACUGGAGGGGGCUGUGCAGCUGACGGAGGAGGACUGCUCCCCAAUGGGCUCUCGCUACGAUGGCCAGAUUGCUGUCUUCGGGGCUGCCUUCCAGGAGCAGCUGGGCCGCCAGAAGUACUUGGUGGUGGGAGCUGGCGCCAUCGGCUGCGAGCUGCUGAAAACCUUUGCCAUGAUGGGGCUGGCGGCAGGGCCAGGUCGCGACCUCACUAUCGCUGACAUGGACACCCUUGCCCUCUCCAACCUCCAUCGGCAGCUCCUCUACCGCUCAACAGAUAUAUCAAAGCCGAAGUCGGUGGUGGCUGCAGCGGCUGUGCAGCGCAUGAACCCCAGCAUCAGGGUGACGGCUCACCAGAACCAGGUGGGACCUGCCACCGAGUCAUUCUACGGGGACAACUUCUUCCGGUGCCUGGACGGCGUCGCCAGUGCCCUGGACACGCUGGAGGCCCGUGCCUACUUGGAGAGCCGCUGCCGCCGCUGCCUCACACCGCUGCUGGACUCAGGCACGGAGGGGCCGCGGGGAAACGUGCUGGCCAUGGUGCCCCCCCUGACCAAGCCGCUGGGGCCAGCUGGCACCCCCGACGACAGCACCUUCCCCCUCUGCACCCUGCGGUACUUCCCUCGCACCAUCCAGCACACGCUGCAGUGGGCCCGCGAUGAGUUUGAGGGGCUCUUCCAGCUGCCCGCGGAGAACAUCAACCGGUUCAUGGAAGACCCAGAUUUCCGGGAGCAGCUGCCAGAGGGGAAGGCCCUGGAGGUCCUGGAGCAAGUGCAGGGCAGCCUGUGGGAGCGGCCACGGGACUGGCCAGACUGCGUGCGCUGGGCCCGCCAGCACUGGCAGAGCCGCUACCAUGAUGCCAUCACCCAGCUGCUGCACACCUUCCCUCCGGAGCACGAAACCAGCCCGGGUGUCCCCUUCUGGGCAGGGGACAGGAGCUGCCCCCAUCCACUGACGUUUGACCCUGACAACGACACCCACCUGGAGUACAUCCUGGCUGCUGCAUACCUCUUUGCCCAAGCACACAAGGUGCCACCAUGCAGUGACCGGGCGGCCACCCAGACCAUCCUCCGCAGUAUGGUCCUGCCACCCUUCAUGCCCCAGGAGGGGCUCCAGAUUCCCCUUGCAGAGGAGUGGGAGGAGGUGCAGGCGCCUGCAGACUGCGGGCGGCUGGCAGAGCUCACCCAGGACCUGGUGCAGCGGAAGCAGGAGCUGAUAGGGGGUGAGGACGUGCAAAUGCCCCUGAUGGAGCCCAUCCACUUUGAGAAGAGGGCUGGGCAGCUGGGAUGUGGGGUGCCAGUGCUGGCUGCAGCUCUGCACUCCCCCUUGCAGUACGGUGGGCGGGAGUGGAGCUGCUGGGACCGGCUGGAGAUGCAGGCAGUCAGCGCAGAUGGGCAGGAGAUGACGGUGCAGGAGGUGCUGGACUGGCUGCAGAGGACACAUGGCUGGACUGUGACCAUGCUCCUGCAUGGCCACACUGUGCUCUAUGACGGGGAGGAUGACGAAGAGACACGGACCCGGCA